UCUCCCUCUACACUUCAUUUAGAUUUCUUGCUUGCCAUUGUCUUAGCUAUGUUGUGUGGGACGUCUUCAUUUUUUCUUGCCUUUUGGUUUUGGGGAUUAUCUCACUGUGGCCCCCAAACAAGGCCUCAUCCCAACAUAACAGACCAGGAGCUUUUCUGGGGCGCAGACCAGUAUGAUUUCUCAGUGGUGCUUCCAGCAGCUGCCACAGAAUGCUUCUGGCACUUUGCUCACCACAGAGAGAGAUUUUACCUGAACUUCAUGGUCCAAUGGGUGACGGGAGUCGGCCUUGAUAGGCACCUUUCAGUCACUGUUAAUGCUCCCAGCAGUCUGUUGCUAUCCACUGUUGAUGAUGCAAAGGGUCAAAUCAAUUUUGAGGUCGAGGAAACAGGUUUCCACCAGAUGUGUUUGAGCAACUUCCACAACCACUUCAGCAUGAUGCAAGUCUUCCUCAGCUUUGGCGUUUACUAUGACAAUAACCAGGACAAAGGCAAGAAGGACAUGGAGGAGGAGAAAUUGAACAAUACACUUAGCAUCAUUCAGAUCGCAACCAAUAGAGUGGAGCGAAAUGUAUUUCAUAUGUUUCGCUACUACAGCUUCGGCCGAAUGAGGAAGAGCACAGACUACUUCCUGCUGCAGUCCAACACCCGGUAUAUCACAUGGUGGUCAAUGGCCCUCAGCUUGCUCAUCGUGACCUCAGGGUUCCUGCAGCUCCUCUUCCUCAAAAGUCUCUUUGUGAGCAAAGCCGAGAAUGAAAAGCCACGAUGCUGACAAUCAAAAGCUUGUCCUGUCAGAAUGCUUAAUAGGUCACAGUAAAGUUCAGACCUACUCCAAUCAAUCCUGAGCCAAAUCAAAACGCUGUGCUCUGUGUGAAAUAUGAAAUAAAGGCUGGAAAACCUAUGAUUAUAAUUAUAUUUUUAUUUUCAAUUAUACGUGUUUCUUUCAAAUGGCGGACUAAAAAGAAGCUUGCAGAUUUUAAAACAAAUGUUACCCCAGAAACUUGACAAUUGUUCUGUCAUGGUAUUUUUCUGGGAUGAACCCGGACACAGCACGCACACACAGAGCUAGUUCUUUAAAGUGAGUUUAUUAAACAGUGUGGAUGAUGGAUGACGAGAGGACCCAGAGUCUUUUACCAGACGGAGAUGUAGGGUGCAGAAGCUGGCCGGCAGGAGUAAUGCAGAGACACUGACCAGGAAGGAACACUGGAGCCGAAGACUUGAGACCAGGACGGAACACUUGAGACCAGGAUGAAACACCAGAGCCGAGAACUUGAGACCAGGACGGCUCACCAGGAGUUGAGAACAUGAGACCAGGACGGAAUCUAGCAGCUGAGAACUUGAAGCCAGGACGGAGCACAGGAGCCGAAGACAGAGACCACAGCGGAACACCGGAAACGGCAAACCCAAGACUGUGGGCUGAGUUGGAGCGGAGUCUCUGGCCGUGACUUAGCUGGAACAGAGCUGAAGCAGAGUCUUUGGCAGUGACUGGACAAAAUAAAACUGAAUAAAAGUCUUCUGGCUGACUAA